AUGGAGAAAACUGAGUACCGGGCCGUCAUCAAGUAUCUGAAUUUUAAAGAGUUAACUCUCAUGCAAAUCCAUGCCGAUAUGGUCAGUACAUUAGGAAAUAGUGCUCCCUCAUUUGCCACUGUGAAAAGGUGGGCAGCAGAAUUCAAGAGGGGUAGAAAAAGCAUUGAAGAUGAACCAAGAUCUGGCAGGCCUUCAACUGCCUCCACACAGGAAUACAUUAAUCCUGUACACCAAAUGGUGAUGGAUGAUAAACAAUUAACUAUUCACUCCAUAGCUGCUGCCAUUGGCAUCUCCCAUGAGCGAGUCAAGAACAUUCUAACCAAAGAACUUGGAAUGCCAAAGGUUUCUGCUUGA